AUGAUAUCAUUUACAGUGAAAGAUGGAAUAUGGACAGUAUCAGAGAUCAAUUCAAAUCAUAACCAUGAGCUUGCAAAGCCUGACGAAAGACAGUUUUUGAGAUCAGGGCGAAAAGUAACAGGUGCUUGUGGAAAUAUUUUUACUUCUAUGUAUGAUGCGGGCAUAGGACCAAAGAAAUCAUUUUUCUACAUAGCAAAUGAAAUGGGUGGUCCGGAAAAUGUUGGGUGCACUAAGAAGGACGUCUAUAACUACUUGCAAAGGAAAAAGAAUGAAAUGUUGGAAGCAGGUGAUGCACAAAGUUUGCUGAAUCACUUUAAGCGCAAACAAGGUGAGGAUCCUAACUUUUUCUACUCAAUGCAAUUGGACCAAUAUAGCCGAAUGACGAAUUUCUUUUGGAGGGAUGGCAGAGCAAAGCUUGAUUAUGAUUGUUUUGGGGAUGUUAUAUGCUUUGAUACAACAUUUCGUACAAACAAGUAUAAUCUGAUCUGUGCACCUAUAGUUGGAGUUAAUCAUCAUUGGAGAAAUGUUUUGUUUGGAUGUGCUUUUUUAUUGGAUGAGACUACGGAGUCAUUUGUUUGGUUGUUUGAGUCAUUUUUGGAGUCAAUGGGAAACAAAGCACCAAAAUGA